AUCUCAGUAGAGAUUUAAACAGGGAAGUCUGAGCUUCAGAGCAUAAUUGCCAGAGAGGAACUCAAGUUAACCCUAGUUGCAGCAUCCAUCCAGCUUUUACGCAAACCUCCUGUUGAACUUCGGCACAGUACGACAGUGGCAUCAGAGGCGCAGAAGGGUUUACACCAUGUACCCCUCUCAGGCUUGACUGACUACAUGACAUACGAGAUGAGGGCUGUUUUCUGGGGGGUUCUCCUCGCCUGUGUGGAAUGGGGUCGUGGCCAGGAGACUCAGACAUUUGAUGGAGACGUCCGCGACUUUGCCAUUGGUGACAGCUCGGUAUACGUCGUUACCGAUGACCGACUCUACCAGUUGAACCAUGAUUUUACCAAAGUUACAAAGAGGGAUAAUCCUAAACAAGAAGUACCUCCUGAUGAAACGUAUCCAUUUAAGGUAAACAUUUUACUGCCAUUCAUCAAAAACAAGACCUUGAUCACCUGUGGGACCGCAAAAUGCGGCUACUGUGAAAUACUCGAUCUCAACGAAAUCUCAAAAUCUGUGCAUUCCGAGGAUAUUGAAGUGGGUUCAUUGGACCCUGGAGAUUCAACCAUUGCUUUUAUUGUUGAUGUCGGGGAGAACUCCUACAUUAUGGCUGGAAGGUUGCAGAGUCGUGUGCAUAAAGCGUGUCCCAAUUCUGAUCGGUCGCUUGUCCUACGGAAUACACUGGAUAGUCAGAAAGGGGGAAUCUUUUCUGAUUCAGAUGAUAAUGAGAAUCCAUAUAUUUACACCAGACACAAAGAGAACAUUCAGUUUGUGGACGGCUUUCAGAGUAAUUCACACAUCUACGUGUUCUCGAACGUUCCCAAAGAGCCUCAAGUUCGACUUAUUUGGUUCAAGAGCGAGAACAAUAAAGCAACCACUUUGAAGUCCCUCGAAGGUACGACACUCAAAUGCUGUGGAAACAUGGAACGCCGGCGGCUCCUGUCUUCCUCUGUGAUUCCAGGUUCUGGUGGGCCCAAUGGGCAGGUGCUCUGGGCAGGUGUGUUCACGGCAGGUAACACAAGCGACCCCAUCAACACCAUGCUGGCCAUCUAUGACAUCAGCCCCUCAGCAGGGCGUCAACUCGAAUACAAAGACCCAGACUUCUGCUAUCAAGUCUGUGGAGAGCGGAACACCAAGCAGCCAGUGGCGGAGCUGCCAGUGGCGGAGCUGCCAGUGGCGGAGCUGUUUAAAUACAGCUCCAUGACAUCAGUGUUGGCAGUGAGACACAACUCCUGGCUGGUGUUCUUCAUCGGGACAGGAGACGGACAACUCAUCAAGCUUGCUGUAGACAAGGCCUACAAACCUGCCUGUCCCAGAGUGCUCUACAAGUCAGAUGACGACCGCAGUGUGUUAACAAUCGACGGAUAG